GUGUUUCCGGUGUCCUGUGAGAUUUGACUUCCCUCUGCACGGAUCGACGCGACCAAAUCAAGAAAGACGACGUUGCAAAUGACUAAAUGUGAUCGAAUACAGUGGUCUAUUGAGCUACUUUUCGCUAGAUGAUCAUUUAAAAAUGUGCGCUAUGUGGUGAGCUGUGGUUGAAGAAGGGAGAAUCGUCGGAAACGUUGAUCGCAAGGUUUAGGCCUAGCAAAGAAAGUUUGCCUGGUCGAGGGCCUGUAAACAACAUGUCCUCCACAUCGCAGCCCUCCUCGAGACGCCAAUGGUGCUACCUCUGCGAUCUACCCAAGAUGCCCUGGGCCAUGUUGUGGGAGUUUAGCGAAGCCGUGUGCCGGGGAUGCGUUAACUACGACGGCGCGGAUCGCAUCGAGCUCCUCAUUGAAACAGCCAGACAACUGAAGAGCACGCAUGGAGUUUUGGAGGGCAGGUCUCCUGGCCCGCAGCAGGGCAAGGCCAGCUCGACCGGAUCCAUGGAAGCCGGGCGUCCGCACGGAGACCGUCUCGACAGGGGUAGGGGUGAGUACGGUGCAUCUUCUCGCCUCCCUAAUGGUCUGCACAGAGCGGAGGAUGUGGCGUUAUCAGAAAGCAGCCGACAGAGCCCGAACACUCGCAGGGCGAUGGCCAGCGCUGUUCCGAGUCUCCACGGGACGAUAUCCCAUGCGUUGAUUGCCCAGGGCUUAGUCGCAUCCCCACAUGGGCUCCUAGCGCCAAUAUCAGGCUCCAGAACGGGGGCCGCUCCUAUUGCCGUCUCAGCCGGCCCCAUCAUGAGCGAUGCUGCGAGAAGACAGGCUGUGGCUCUGGGCGUGGGAGCGAGCACGUCUGCUUUGGUGAGCAUCGACCCCGCGGCGUGGAGGAACAGCGAAAUGAUGGCUGAACUCAACGAGGUAGCGCGCAGCAAGGUGGAAGGCUGGCCCAACAAACCAAAAGUUGUUCGGGAUGUUCUCCUGGCUUUAAGCACCUGUGUGCCCUUUACUGUGCGCUUCAGGAAAGACCACAAUCUGAUGGGCCGGGUUCUGGCUUUUGACGCCAGCGCCAAUCCAGAGUUGGAGCUCAAGGUUUUUGUGGAGUACCCCGUUGGCUCUGGGCUGAUCUUUUCUGGAGUUCCGGACCUUGUCAGGCAGAUGUUCCGCGACUCCGCCAAGGAUGCCGGUAAAGCGGUGAACUCUGGCUUGCGCUACGUGGAAUACGAAAAGCGACAAGGGAGCGGCGACUGGAGGGGACUGUCGGAGCUUUUAAACGACGGCGUGCGCAUGUUCAAGGAGCCGCCCAUCCCCGAGGUUCUUCCGCAGCCCGAUGCCGGCCCGCCCAUGGCGGUGGCCGCACGCUCUGUCCCGGCCAAGAGCGCGACUCGGCGCCGCAAGGCCUCUCCGGGCUCUGAGAACGGCGAGAGCGAAGGAAGACCCGAUCACCCGUCCAGAGAGGUGUGGUCCAGAGGCGCUUACCCGGGCAUGGAACCUCUUUCGGGAAUGGCCGCCCCUCCGGACGGCCCCCCUCGUUUACACAGCCAGCCUUCGCCCAUGUCUGCGCUUAUGGGUGUCGCCGACAGCCUGAGCUCUGGCCAGGUGGCCAGAGACAGCCCCGGCAUGUCCUCGGCCCACUCCUCCGGGGCCGGACGCACCAGCAGCCCCUCCGGGGGCGCCGCCUCCACCUCAGUUUCUCAGGCGUCUGCGGGCCUGAGCGGCAGCACUGGCGGCGGCGGCGAGUCGACCACCGGUGGAAGCCAGGGUGCCCUGCUCUGCUGCACCCUCUGCCGAGAGCGCCUGGAGGACACCCAUUUUGUCCAGUGUCCCUCGGUACCGCACCACAAGUUUUGCUUUCCUUGCACCAGAGGCUUCAUCCGCAGCCAGGGCCAAGGAGGAGAGGUGUACUGCCCGAGCGGAGAGCGCUGUCCCCUGGCCGGGUCCACCGUGCCCUGGGCCUUCAUGCAGGGCGAGAUCUCCACGAUUCUGGCUGGGGACGGAGACGUGACAGUAAAGAAGGAGAAUGACCCGUGACAUCUCCUCGCCGUCCUCCGAGCAAUGUGGCUGUUGACGAUGAUUCCAAAGCACUUCCCUACCACAUCCAGCAGAGUCUGCCCUCUCUGCAGUUCAACAUGUGCCUCUCAGGACCCAAGAGCUCCCUCCCUCACUCCCUCGCUCCCGUGUGCGUCUAAGAGGAUGAUGAGACUGUUGGCUUAAAGGACACAAGACUUCAUCAAGCCGUUUUCAAAGUCUACAAUAGAAAGCACACCCUUUUUUAUCAAAUAAAACAAGAGCCCCACCCUCCCCUCCCUGUUUGUGUAUAAUAUUGGCAAAUACAGAUGGAUCACAUUGAUACUGUUCGUUUGACCGAUAUAAGCGUGGAGCACACACACACACACACACACACACACACUAAAACGAAUGUCAAACAUGUUCUCAAAAGAAUUUUUUCUUUUUUAAAGCCAAGGAUUGGAUUGAUGUAAUCUCUUUCUGUUUCGUGUAGGUCUGUCAGAUAUAUGAAUUUCCUUUCAAUAUGGUUGUAAUUUCUAUUUUUGAUACAAUUCAAAUUUCAUUCAUUUAUGCUUUGUUUAUAGUAAGAAGACCAAAGAUGGCAUCAUACUCAAGUGUCAUUUUUUUAUUUUAGUGGUUGUGUGUUGGAUGUACUUAGAACCAUGCCACCACUCACAUUUUUUAUUUUAGUGGUUGUAUGUUGGAUGUACUUAGAACCAUGCCACCACUCACUCAUUUCUUUCACAGAAUGAAGCUUUAUUUACGUUCUCAAAAUUUGACAAGAAUUAGCACCACCAUUUUCAAAGGUUAACAACAUACUUGUGAUCUCAGUGGAUGAAUUAUACAGUAAAUUGCAAAUUACAGUAGUUGAAUUGCUGCCUGGCUGUUGUUUACUGUUUAUUUCUGUUUAAAAAGUGCAACAGAUGCUCAGACAAACGUUUUUUUACAAACUUUAUUCAAUAAAUACCAAACAAAACCCACAA